AUGCGAUUGAAAACGAAGAUGAAGGUUCAUGUCGGGGCUGUGGUGCUGCUCGCAACCGCUUGCAUUACCUUCGCCGCUUUCGCCGCCUACCCCUCCGUCGCGCAUGUCAGGCUCCCCGGUUCUGCGCGCAAGGUUCUCCGCGAACUGCUGGGGGACAGCGUUUCCGCCGCCAAUGCACCCCUGGCGGGGGCCGACGGGACCGGGAACGGUUAUCAUGGACGCGAUUCGGUGGAAGUGAAAGAAGCAUGCGAGGAGAUCUACGGGCUGUUGCCGUGCAGCAGCAGCGUGGCGGGCAGCACGUUCCUCAUGGCGGCCUACGGCUACCUCGUGCUCGUCGCCGCGCAGCUCAUCUCCGAUGGCUCCGAGCUGCUGCUGCAGGUGCUUGACCCGGGGCUGAUAGGCGGCCUGCUGUUGCCCGUGCUGGGCGCUCUGCCCGACACACUGCUCAUCCUCGUGUCAGGCUUGGGAGGGACGAAGGAGGAGGCGCAGGAGCAGGUGCUGGUGGGGAUGGGCGUGCUAGCAGGCAGCACCAUCAUGAUCCUCACCGUCGCCUGGGGCGGCUCCCUCAUCUGCGGCCGCUGCGACCUCAUCGAGAAACCCACCCGCCGCGACAGCAGCAGUGCUGGUGCUCCCGGUCGGCCUGGUUCUGCUGGUGCUGGUGCUGGUGCUGCCGGGGGUGGUGUGGGGGGUUCGUUUGUGCUGGUGGCGAAGGAUCGCACGCUGACAAGGCCGUAUAAUUGGUACAGGACGGGGGUUACGACGGACGAGCAGACGCGCAUCGGCGCGUGGAUCAUGAUGGGCAGCGUGGUGCCGUUCAUCAUCAUGCAGAUCCCCCUCAUGGACGGCGCCAGUGGCGAGUACUACGAGCAGCAGUCGCGCAUCGCCGCUCUCCUUGGGCUGCUGCUGUCGUUUGCGGGGCUUGUGGCAUACUGCGCGUACCAGGUGCUGUCGCCCUGGCUGCAGGCGAGCAAGAUCCAGUACGCGCGCGUGCACUACCUGCGCACCAUGGCCAUCCGCGACCUGCACCACCUCGCGCUCAAGAACACCUGGGGGGGCCUCGUUCGCCCCGACGGCUCCCCUGAUCGCGACACGCUGCACAAGGUGUUCCGGCACUUUGACGAGGACGGCAGCGGGUCGCUGUCUCGCAGUGAAAUCAAGGGGCUGAUUCUCGGCCUCGGCAUCCAGAACCAGGGAGACGUGCCACCGGAGGCGCAGAUCCAUGAGUGGAUGAGAGACUUUGACAGCAACUCCGACGGCGAGAUCGGUGAGGAGGAGUUUGUGCAUGGCAUGGAGCGAUGGAUGGCACAGUUCGGAGGCGGACCAGGAGGCGCAGGCAAGCACAGGCGCAGGCAAUCAUCCACCAAUCUGGAGAGCAUAUUGGACGGGCAUGUGGACACGGCAAAGGUGCAUCUGGAGGGGCUGGAGGACUCACUGCUGGACGAGCAGGAGGGCGAUGAUGAUGACGACGACGAGGACGAGGAAGCACCCAAGACGCCCGCUGAGAUCUACCGCCAGGCCAUUAUAAAGAUAGUUGGGGGAGCGCUGCUGGUGACAGUGUUUGCUGACCCUGUCGUGGAUUCCAUCACCUCCUUCUCCAAGGCGUCGCACAUCCCGGCGUUCUUCGUGGCGUUUGUGGUGACACCGCUGGCGUCCAACGCGAGUGAGCUCAUCUCGUGCCUCAUCUUCGCCAUGAAGCGCCGCAAGCGCACCAUCUCACUCACCUACUCGCAGGUCUACGGCGCCAUCUCCAUGAACAACACCAUGUGUCUGGGCACGUUCCUCGCACUGGUGUACUUCCGCUCGUUAAACUGGCAGUUCAGUGCAGAGGUCACAAUCAUUCUGCUCAACACUUUCAUUAUCGGCAUUCUCGGCGGCACCCGGCGCACCUUCCAGACCUGGCUUGCCUUUCCCGUUCUCGCGCUCUAUCCGCUCUCGAUUCUGAUCGUUGCGUUCCUAGAUUAUGUCUUAGGCUGGAAUUAG